UUGUUUUACUAAUGUGCGUUACAGUCACAAAAUACCCAUAAACCGCUACGACGAAUCCCGUUUAGUUAUUAGGCUGUUUUGACGACGACGUUCCUUUAAACUUACCUAGCAGGAGAAACAAGCUGAAAUCCUCUCAGAAGGAUAAAGUUCGCCAGUUCAUGAUCUUUACCCAGUCAAACGAGAAAACGGCAUUGAAUUGUUUGUCUCAGAAUGAUUGGAAACUAGAUGUUGCUACAGACAACUUUUUCCAAAAUCCCGACCUCUACAUACAGAAUCUAAAGGGAACACUAGACCGGAAAAAGUUAGAACAGCUUUACAAUCGAUACAGAGACCCUCAAGAUGAUAACAAGAUUGGUAUAGAUGGAAUCCAACAGUUCUGCGAUGAUUUGGGACUUGAUCCAGCCAGUAUAAGUGUUCUGCUAAUUGCUUGGAAGUUUCGGGCAGCAACACAAUGUGAGUUCUCCAAACAAGAGUUCAUGGAGGGAAUGGCUGAGCAAGGAUGUGACAAUAUAGAGAAACUCAAAGCACAGCUACCCAGGAUGGAGCAAGAGUUGAAGGACCAAGGGAAAUUUAAAGACUUCUAUCAGUUCACAUUCAACUUUGCUAAGAAUCCAGGACAAAAGGGCUUAGACCUAGAAAUGGCAAUUGCAUACUGGAAUUUAAUAUUGGCUGGGCGUUUUAAAUUUCUAGAUCUAUGGAACAAAUUUUUAUUGGAGCAUCAUAAGCGAUCCAUUCCCAAAGACACAUGGAACCUUUUGUUAGAUUUCAGCACAAUGAUCACAGACGAUAUGUCAAACUAUGAUGAGGAAGGUUAGUUUGAACUUAUUUAAC